GGGCAGCGAGGAAGAGGAGCCUUCCCUUCUUGUGUUUGGCCCCAAAGCCGCAGCUGGCAACCCCGGGGCUGGGGUAGGAGGGCGGGAGGCAGGGUGGGGCGCGUCCUCCGGUGACAGCAGCUCCCGGGAAUGCGCCAGCUGGGAGGGUCCCUCCGUCCCCCGCUCCUGGCCCCCGGGACUGAGCCUCUCCCCAGUGCGCUGGGGCCCUGCGUGGGGGGUGGCGGACCUGAGAAGGGGAACCUUGGGAUCUGAGCCCAGGCGUGCGGGGGUUCCCACUGUAGGGCGACCGUGCGGGAGGAGGCCGUGACCCAGGACUGAGACCCCGGCGGGGACGCAAUCUGGGCGUCCACGGGGAUAGGGCAGAACCAUGGACUCCCAGAACCAGUCUAAGGCAACUUCGAUUCUCACACAUUCCCAGGCCCUGAGCACGGCGCCAGGAAUAGCAGCCCCGGUGUAGGGAGUGGGGGCGGUCAGUCCCUGCACCGCCCCCGCGGCUCGGGCUUCCCAAGGUCACCGGGACCCGGACGCCCGGACACUAGGCCGCAGCUCUGGGGGACCCGGGCUCUCGUGCGGCAGUCCCCUGCCUCAGAUCCGCGCCCGCCGCUCCUCCUGACCUGGACCUAAGCGCGCCCUCAAUCAGACUCCGAGGCACUUUUGGGAGGGGCCGUCCCAAGCUCCCCCCGCCCCGCACCUCGGGCCCCGCCGCUUCCGCUCUCCCUGGGGCCGCUCAGGGAGCCUGGACGUACUGCCUGGGCUCUAAGAAACUGGCAGCCUAGGCUCUCUGCUCUGUCCCACACCCUCUGCAGGUGAGGCCAUGAAGUGCCACGGACUGGACCUGGGCCAGGUCACCCUUCCCUGCCCCACCCCCCAUGUGGGGGCUUCCAAUCCACAGGUCUGGGCACUGAGGAGGAGCCCUGGAGGCUGAAGGGUGCAGCUGAGAGGCCUCUGCCAGGACCAGGCUCCUGACCCAGCCCUCUUGGGCCACACCCUCUGAGUGUCUCAUAGAAUCAUGGAUUGAGUCCAGCUGGCCCCCACUUCACAGAUGGGGAAACUGAGGCCUGGGAACACAGUGUGGCUGGCCUCUGGCCACACAGGAAGACCCUGGUUCUUCCAGAACUUCCUGCUUCUGCUAUGGACCCUCCUGAACUGUGGUUUGGGGAACAGUGCUCAGGGUCCUGGCGAGUGGACUCCCUGGGGUUCUUGGAGUGGCUGUUCUAGCUCCUGUGGUAGGGGUGUCUCUGUUCGCAGCCGGCGUUGCAUCCGGCUUCUCGGGCAAGAGCCAUGUUGGGGCAACACACACGAGUACCGCCUCUGCCAGUUUCCAGACUGUCCCCCAGGGGCUGUGCCCUUCCGAGACCUACAGUGUGCUCUUUACAAUGGUCACCCAGUCCUAGGCAUGCAGAAGACCUACCAAUGGGUGCCCUUCUAUGGGGCGCCUAACCAGUGCGACCUCAACUGCCUGGCCGAAGGGCACGCCUUCUACCACAGCUUCGGCCGCGUCCUGGAUGGCACCACCUGCAGCCCAGGUGACCAGGAGCUCUGCGUGGCUGGCCACUGCCUUAGCGUCGGCUGUGACGGGUUACUGGGCUCGGGAGCCCGUGAGGACCAUUGUGGCCAUUGUGGCGGGACCAACGACUCAUGCCUCUUCGUGCAACGUGUUUUCCGUGAUGCUGGUGCCUUCAUCGGAUACUGGAACGUGACCCUAAUUCCUGCAGGCGCCAGACACAUCCGCGUGGCCCAUCAGAGCCACAACCACCUAGCACUAAUGGGAAGCGAUGGACACUACGUGCUCAAUGGGAACUGGGCAGUCAGCCGGCCUGGGACCUACCAGGCGGUGGGCACCCACGUAGUCUACACUCGGGAUGCAAGGCCAGAGGAGACAUUGCAUGUGGUGGGGCCCACCUCCCACGACCUGCUCCUGCAGGUCCUCCUGCAAGAGCCCAACCCUGGCAUCGAGUUUGAGUUCUGGCUCCCUCGGGAGCUCUACGGUCCCUUCCAGGCUCAGGUGCAGGCCCUGGGCUUGCCCCUGCGGCAGCCACAGCCCCGGGAAGUAGUGCACCUCCCAACCCUCUCUACCAUCCUGACUCGAACCCAGACCCUGGCCCCAGACCCUUGCCCACCCUGCCCUGAUACCCGAGGCCGUGCCCACAGGCUACUCCACUACUGCAGCAGUGACUUCGUGUUCCAGGCCCGUGUGCUGGGCCGCCACCGCCAGAACCAGGAGACCCGCUAUGAGGUGCGCGUGCAGCUUGUCUACAAGAACCACUCACCACUGCGGGUCCACGAGUAUGUGUGGGCCCUGGGCCACUGCCCUUGCCCACUGCUAAGCCCCCACCGAGAGUACCUGCUGGCUGUCCAGCGCCUGGUCAGCCCUGAUGGCACACAAGACCGGCUACUGCUACCCCAUGCUGGCUAUGCCCGUCCCUGGAGCCCUGCUGAGGAUAGCCGGGCACGCUUGGCUGCCCGGCACUGUCCUUUCUGAGCUCCAGGAGAAGCCCACUCAACAUACAGCAAGAAAGACACACCUGAUCAUGGUCAGUUGAAGUCAAUGUAUUUCCUCUCACCCUGGCUUCCAGGGAGCUCAGAAAUAUCUCCCAUCAGCACUGAUGUGACUCCCCCUCAUGCACACUUGUAUUCGUCCACAUGUAGCCAGAUCCACAGUCAUGAGCAGAUAGGCAUUGAUGAGGACACACUGAAGAGACUUAUUCUGGCUGCCAGGAAACUCAUAGCUAUUCUAUACUCAGAAUUUUUGAGUCUACAUUUAUUCUCCUUGCCUCAUUCUCACUUAGAGACACUGUCAUGAACAACAUGACACCCUCCUGUCCUGAGUACUAGGAAGCUCAUUACUGUUUAACUUCCUGACACACUGGGUUCUCCCCUCACUGCUUUCUCCUCCUCAUAUAUUUAGAGACACUGUAACAAACACAUAGCCCUUAGAAGACAUGCCCAACCAGGCACUGUAAUGUACCAAUUUCUCCUUUUGCCCUGGCUACCAGGAUCCUCAGAGAUAAUCUGGACAGUUCAGCAUUUCUGGCCUGGUUUCUUCCAGUUGACACUGGUGUUCUUCAUCUCCCUUUUUAUUACUGUUUAAUUAAUUUUUAUGAGCACUUAAAAAAAAGGGGGGCAUUUUAGUCACAUGCACUUGGCCACAGACUUGGGGAUGGCUGGUAGACUCACGAGCACAAUUGUAUUCUCAUAGCCUAUACACACCUGGUCACAUGAACCCCAUCCCCUCCUCCUGGUUCAGUCAUCACUUCCCCCAGCAUGUCUGACCCUGAAUAGGGAUGAGGGAAGGUAGGGAACAAAUAGGGCUUUUGUAGGUUUUAAGCCCCCUCCUCAGCUGAGAAGGCAAGUAAGAGCCACUGCUCUCUGCAGAGCCCCAACCUCAUGUACCCUCUGGAGGCAGGAGGCAGAUCUGGUCUGUGUGUGUAUCUGUGGGAGUGUCUGUGGGGUGUCACAUAGUUGCUCAGCAGAUCCAUUCCAGUGGGAUGCUUUCAAAGACCUGUCCCUUCUUCCUCCUUACCCCUGGGCUGGGCUUAUGCUGUCAUUUGGGACAAUCUGUCUUGCGUGGUAGCGUGGUUGUGAUUUUCUGUGGAGUUCGGGGUACUUGGGGUCAGUAGACUGCCUGCAGGAGCCCACUGGUCCCAGCAGCAGCUAGAGGAGGAAAAGGGGAAAGGAGCACUAGCCGGGCAGCGGAUGCAGAGGAGAGUCCCUCCCGCGGGAGUCAGCACAGAGUUGCGUGAUGUCAGUGAACUCGGCCUUUGACCUGGCACGUGAACUCAAGCCAGGCCCUGCCCCUCUGUGGGCCUCAGUUUCCCCAUUUGCGAGUGAGUGCCCUUUCUGUCCCUACUGGCUCUGACGAUGGGAACUGCGCCCUUGCGGAAUCCUUCGUCGGCCCCUUGGAGCACUUGCGCAUUCCUGCGGCGAGUAUUUACGGAUCAUCUAUUGCGUGUCGGGGACCCAGCAGCGCCUGACCUGGGGGGAGCAGGCAGUCACUUCAGUUACGUGGUGCCGUCCAUGGUUAUCUGCGACAGGGGCUGCAGGCAGAGGGUCCCGGGAGCGUCCCACACCCACUACCAGCCAGGACAGGAGCAGGCUGGCUCUGUGGGGACAUGCUGGUCCUGGGCGCCCCCUAGCGGCGGGAUGGGGAAGAAAGGAGUUCACUGCACCCGGAGUUCUUGUAGGAGUUGGCGAGACUCCUGCAGGAGUGCCUUCUGCCAACUUCCCCGUGGACACUCGCCUUCCUCAUCAGGUUUCCCACAGUAACAGUGGAGCACCCAGGCCUGUCUUCCUACCCAGACUCCUAGAGUGAGUCCCCAAGGCUGUCCCAGCUGAGGUCUGGGGAAAUGUCAGGGGAUGGAGGUGUCACGCCCUCUCUGCCACUAGAGCCCCGUGGGGCUGCCCGGCCACCUAUCUCGAAGAUGGUUGGGGGCGCCCAUACUUUCAGGGUUCACUCUAGGCACGGACGCCAGGCUAUGAUCUGAAGCCUGAGAUGUAGCACAAGGCAGAAAAGCCGAGAACAGGAGGCAGGAAGACCCAGGCAGCUGAUGGUCCAGAUGUGCCAAGCUGCCCUGCGGCCACCACCGCCAGGAGCGCCGUUUUCACCCCAAGAUGAUCCCAAGAAGAGCACCUUCCCCAACAUCUUUCCUUAACCCUGGUGGGAAUGACAAAACUGUUUCCAAAGAAAAUCACGUAACUAAUAUCCGGCAAUAAACACUGUUCUCCAGA